CGUUCCCCGCAUUCACAUCGCACAGUGCCAUCGGCACCAUUCUGCCGAGUGAGGAGUUGGCCAUGAGUCUACUGACGUCGACACGGAGAUUCUCCGCUUUGGGCUGGUAUAAGAGCCCCUAAACAUGGUAGGACGUUGCUGUUUGAGGAGACAUUGCCAAAAUGAAGAACCUCUGGCUCUUGAUCUGUAUCAGCCACUGGGCUCACACUGCCGCUACGGUUGACUCGUGUACAAGCGUAGCGAUCGCCAAUCCAGUCGUCCCUGGAGCAUUGGUUACUUCUCUGACUGCCUCUAUGGUGAACGAUUACUCGAUCAAUAUCACCGGAGAAAACAACAAUUGGCCAGCUCAGAACAUUACUGUCAGCUUUUGUCAAGUCAAUGUCAGCCUUACGCAUCCUGGAACAGGGGACCUGGUCCUGAAUCAGGUAUGGCUUCCCGUGACCGGGUGGAAUGGCAUAUUUCUUGGUAUUGGAGGUGGAGGCUAUGUAGCAGGGUCGUGGUCGUCUCUGGCACCGGCAGUCCAACGUGGAUAUGCUGCAGUCUCGACAGAUGCCGGCCACAGAUCAAAUGAUUCGGGAGAUGCUACUUCCUGGGCUUUGGCCAGCGACGGGAAUGUCAAUCAGUAUCUGCUGCUGGACUUCGCUUCAAGGAGUGUUCAUGAUAUGGCUGUCUUGGGGAAGGCAGUGACGACAAGCUUCUACGGAUCUGCACCAAAGUUCUCGUACUGGCAAGGCUGCUCCACAGGUGGGAGACAAGGCAUGAUGGAAGCUCAAAGGUAUCCUGACGAUUAUGACGGGAUCGUUGCUGCAGCGCCCGCCGUACAGUGGAAUGACUUCACUCCGGCGCAACAAUGGCCGUUCACUGUGAUGAACAAUGAAGGCUACGCACCUCCCCAAUGCGAGUUCGACGCCGUGAAUGCCGCCACCAUUGCCGCAUGUGAUGGCCUAGACGGCCUCGAAGAUGGCAUCAUUGCGGCUCCUGGACUGUGCAAUUUUGACCCUACAAGUCUGAUCGGAAAGACUUACAUCUGCGACAGUGACGGGAGUCAGAGACAAUUCUCGAACAAAACUGCGACCGUUGUGAAGAAAAUCUGGCAAGGUCCUCUUACGGCCAACGGCAGUAGUGCCUGGUACGGCAUCCUCCCUGGUACCAAUUUCAGCUCGUUGGCGCCAACGGAGACAUUCAGCAACGGCACAACGAUUCCGCAACCUUUCGAGAUUUCGGACAGCUGGUAUCGAAAUUUCCUGUUCAAGGAUCCCAACUAUAACACUUCGAAUAUCAGUUACGCACAGUUCCCGGCCUUGACUCACCAGUCUCACCAGGAGUACGACUCCGUCAUGGGUACGGCAGACCCGGAUCUUUCGGCUUUCAAAGCUCGUGGUGGCAAGAUGUUGACAUGGCAGGGCCUGGCCGACAACCUCAUCAUGCCUAACGGCACCAUGCAUUACUAUGAUCAAGUUGCGGCACUCGAUCCCACGGUUGGCGAUUUUUAUCGCGCCUUCUUUGCCCCUGGAGUCGGGCACUGUGGAGGGGGCUUUGGGUAUAUCCCUAUUGACAUCUUGACGGCUCUCAGGGGUUGGGUCGAAAAUGGCACAGCUCCAGGGGUGUUGGAAGCGGCCACUGCUUUCGCCAUCAAUGGGACCAUUCGUACGCAGAAUUUGUGCCCAUAUCCGUCAGUAUCGAAGUAUACCGGGUCCGGUGAUCCAGCACAAGCGGCUAGCUUUGCCUGUGAGAGCAAUUUCUGAACGAGAUCUGGAGGGCAAUAUGUCGGCCGCUUAGGCAAUGAAGGUCUUCGUGAUCGGAGAAGCCCUUUUCCGCCCACAGAGACACAAGUGGAGUACUGCCCUCAGUCUAGCAAUAGAACUUGCCAGCAACGCCAGCCAUUCACAAAGCAUUCGGCACUGUGAUCGGUAGGGAUGAAUAAGGCUGUCCAUCGAACCCAGACCUCGCUUGUGACGAAUCCCAUGGGUCCAGUGAUCAUGGAUGGAUCCUACUUGGAACGGCAGGGUUUUAUCUCGGUGGUGGAAAGUGGAUUUAAGGUGGAAUGAUAAGUUUGUACUGUUAUGGAGUAUCGAAGUUGAAACAUCUGCCGGGCCGUUCAUGUGAAGGAACAGCACUCAUUGUCUGACCGAUGAACGG